UUCAGUGAGCACAAAAAUGGCGGAAUAUAGAGCAGCAAAAGCCGGUAUCAACGCCGAUGCCCAGGCCAGGAUCAACAGCAAAUACAGAGAUGACGUCGCUCAAGAAACUUUAGAAUGGAUCAAAGUAUUGACUGGUGAGCCUGACAACACCUCAGGUGACGUUGAUAACCUCUACAAUGUCCUUAAAGACGGCACUCUGCUAUGUAAACUAGUCAACGCUAUACAAGAUGGAUCUGUGAAGAAAAUAAAUCAGUCAAACUUGGCAUUUAAGUGCAUGGAGAAUAUUAACUCCUUCCUCGAAGCCGCGAAAAAGUUGGGUGUGCCUCCGCAGGAAACAUUCCAGACCAUCGAUCUUUGGGAGAAACAAAACUUGUUUUCUGUUGUGAUUUGCCUGCAGUCGCUGGGCAGGAAAGCUGGUAACUACGGUAAACCUUCGAUUGGACCAAAGGAGGCUGAGAAAAACGUGCGCGAGUUUACCGAGGAGCAGUUGAAAGCCGGCCAGAACGUCAUUUCUUUGCAGUACGGUACAAAUAAAGACCAGCAAACCGGCAUAUCGUUCGGUAACACACGUCAUAUGUAAUAUAUUUGCUUUUUUAACCUUAUUAAUUGAAA